CGCCCCCACCCCUCGUAUUCUAAUUUGUAGUCCCUCCCGUCGCCGAGAGAUUCCCCACGCCGGCUAAAACUGUGAGUGAUAGCUAGCUACCUCACCUUGAACCACGCGAGCUCUCUGCCUGGUCCUCGCAUCGAAUCGUCGCGCGCGUGCGUGCGUGCGUUCGUUGCUGCGUUUGAUUUGGUUUCUUGGGUGUUUUAAGUGUAUAGAUCGUCGGUCGCUGGCUUUGGUGGUGUCGAUAUAUAUUGUAUAUAUCGAGGCAACCUUGGCCAUCGCAUUGUUCUCGAUCUUGGGUUGUUCGUUGCUGGUGUCGCUGUCGUCGUCGCCGUCGACGAGGACGAGCGUACGGUCGGGCAUGGAGAAUGGAGGGGACUCGCAGAAGGGUGGUGGUGGUGGCGGCGCCGGUGAGGUGAGGAGGAUCAACGUGGUGUAUUUCUUGAGCCGCGGCGGCAGGACGGACCACCCGCACCUCUUCCGCGUCAACCACCUCCACCGCGCCGGCGUGCGCCUCCGCGAUGUUAAGAGGUGGCUCUCCGAGCUGCGGAGCAAGGACAUGCCGGACAGUUUCUCCUGGUCCUACAAAAAGAACUACAAGGCCGGGUAUAUAUGGCAGGACCUGAUGGACGACGACCUUAUCAUCCCCGUCUCCGACAACGAGUACGUGCUCAAGGGCUGCGACGUCCGGCGAGCCCCUCCUUGCAACGGAGCGCCAAAGGAGAAGUCGUCUUCUUUAGAAGAUCAAAAUAAGCUGAACAGUCAGGGAGAAAACGACGUCGCGUGCGAUCAGAAGCAAGUCGACGUGGCGCUCCAGGUGACGGCGCUGAACUCCGACGAGCCCUCGCCCGGCGCCGACGGAGAAUCGGCGCCGUUCAAGAACGACCUGCCACGAGGCCUUCGCGGCGAAAAGCAGCAGCAGCAGCGGGAGGAGGAGGCGAAGGCGGUGUCCAAGGCGGUGGUUGCGCGAUCGUUGCCGGCGGCGGAGGAGGAGCAGGUGAAAAGUUGCAGGACAAAAAACCACCCGGCCGUGCACGGCAGGGCUCGGAGGAUACACCUGCCGCAGCUUCUCCACAGCAUGCUGACGUGCGGCGCGGCCGCCGACGCGGACGACACCGCGCUCCGCCCCGUACCGCGGCGGGGCGCCCGCGCCGGCGCCGGCGCCAACGACGACGACGGCGAGUGGCCUCGUACGCCGGUGUGCCCCGGCAUCGACGGGUGCGGCCUCAGGGUGGGAAAGAAGGUGAAGGUGCGGAGAGGCGGGAAAGACAAGGCGAAGCCGAAGCAGAAGCGAGACGGCGUCGAUGCACACAAGCACAAGCACAAGCCGGCGAGUUUGCCGCGUUGCUCGCAGUGCGGGAAGGAGUUCAAGCCGCAUGAGCUGCACUCGCACAUGCAGUCGUGCAGGGGCUUCAAGGAGAGGAUGAGGAGCAGCACCAGCAGCUCCCGGGCCAGCGCGGGCAGAGGCCGGAGCUCCGCCGCUGCAAGGGCCGCCAGAGGCAAGGGCGCCGCCGCCGGCGACACCUCGGAGCGGCCGUCCGCUGCGCUCCUCCUCCUCGAGUCUUGAUCGAUCUUAUCGAUGAUGCAUGGCCCGCUCAUCACACCGAGAUCCGAUCGGCCGACCUUUCGAGGCCUUUCGGAAUUUUGCAGCACGUAUCUAGGUUACUGUACAUGGAUAUUUGGGUUGGAACUUAAUUAUAUGAUGAUCAUGCGCGAUAGUAUACUGCUCAUUAACUGGAUCCUACGCCAGAUGGCUUACUCGGAUCAGUUUCCUCCAUUGUGCGUGCGAGUUUCUUAAUUAUCUGGCACCCGUUAUCGAUCAAUAACGAAAAACUCUUUGAAACACUCGAAGAAAUAUUUGGUCUU